GCGGACAAGGAAGGAAAAAUAAAAACACUAAUGUCGCCGAGCCUACAGAUGCGUAAUUUGUGCAAACUUGAUGCGCACUAAGCUAUUGACGCGAGGAGUACCAUAGCGGUUUAACAUGGCAUCGUCCACUUAUGGAAGAUUGUCACAUUUACUGAGAAUAUGCGUUAAUAAACAUUCAGUCUUACAAACAGGGACAGAGAUGAAACCCGGACAUGUGUGCUGUGCGCACUUCAUGCGAUACCAGAGGUUGGUGGACAGUAAGGUCUUAACGGAGAGACAGAAGCAGCAGAUGGCUAGAGGUCUUCCAAAACAGAAGCCUAUCACAGGGGUCAAACAGGUCAUCGUUGUGGCUUCUGGGAAAGGCGGUGUGGGCAAGUCCACCACCGCAGUGAAUCUGGCUCUUGGAUUAAUGGCCAAUGAUCCAUCAAAGUCUGUUGGUCUGCUGGACGCUGACGUCUACGGCCCGUCAGUUCCCAAACUGAUGAACCUGAAGGGAAACCCGGAGCUCACUGACAACAAUCUCAUGAUCCCACUCACCAACUACGGGAUUCCUUGCAUGUCGAUGGGUUUCCUGGUGGAGGAUGUGGCUCCUGUUGUUUGGAGGGGGCUGAUGGUAAUGUCAGCUAUAGAGAAACUGCUCAGGCAGGUGGAGUGGGGGUCAUUAGACUAUCUGGUUGUGGACAUGCCCCCUGGGACAGGAGACGUCCAGCUGUCGAUCACCCAGAACAUCCCGAUAUCAGGAGCUGUAAUCGUGUCAACACCGCAGGACAUCGCUCUGCUGGACGCUCGCAGAGGAGUCGAGAUGUUCAAGAGAAUGAACGUGCCGGUUCUCGGUCUGGUGCAGAACAUGAGCGUCUUCCAGUGUCCCAGCUGUAAACACCAGACCCACAUCUUUGGCUCCGACGGAGCCCGACACCUCGCCCACACUUUAGGAGUCCAGUUUUUAGGUGACAUUCCUCUUCAUCUGACCAUCCGAGAGAUGUCGGACAGAGGGAAACCAGUGGUCGUCUCCUCUCCUGACAGCCCCGAGGCGGAGGCGUACAGAAAGGUGGCGUCUGCUGUCGUCCAGCAACUAGAGGAGGUCAACACCUGACUGACUGGAAAUCAGCUGGUUAAGUGACAGGACAUUAACAGUGAUCAUAUACUGUAUGAAGACACUGUGAUGUGAGCACAGUAGCAGUACACACCAUUUGUACUGAGUAUUACAGUAUUUUGGAAAAAAACAUGAUUCAUUGUUACGUGAUAUUUAAUAAAACACUGAACUAAAGUCUGUUUCUGAAUAUUACAUUUUAAAAUAAUAUUUAAAGCUUUGCUCUGUGACUCCACUUGGAGCAAGAACUACAAAACUAUAUACUAUGAACUAGUUCCAGUGCACUGUAAAUACAUGCCAGUAAAAUAAAUAAGCUGCUAAGAUGACAGUAAUGUAAUAUUACUUUGUUGCAAAAGAAAUGUUUUUGGAUUUGACUCCUCGGCUUGGAUUAAAAGUUUGUGUUCAAGAUGUAAAACAAAUUCACCUUUUCAUGAAAAUCUUUGUGCCAGUUGAACAUGAAAAUGAAAAUAAAAAUAGUGGCUGUUUAAAUUCUUACAUAAAGAUGGUGACAAAUAAAGGAGACUCCUGAGUAA